AAAACAAAAACAAAUUAUUAGUACAUAACCAUUUAAAAAAAUAAAAAACAAAAGCCAUAAGCCCUAGAACUCCAUCAAUUUUGAAGAAACAAUAAAUCUUGAAUUUUGUGGGGGUUAAAAACAAACUUGAAGGUUGAAGAAUUUUCAUUGGUUUGAAGAACAAACAACCAAUAAUGAAGGAAACUUAAAGAAACAAACAAACAAUGAAGCUUUAAGGUUUGAAGAAUCACGUGGUUUGAAGAAGGAAACUUGAAGGUCUAGAAUUUUUGUGGGUUUGAAAAUGAAGAAGAUACGGGUUCAAAGAAGAAGAUGAAGCAAUAAUAAGUAUAGUUAGAAGAUACGAGUUUAAAGAAGGUUUAAAGUAGUAAAUACUCUUAUUGUUAAGUGGCACAUUUAAAAAAAAAAAAGAAAUGGGUAUAUGGCAUAUUAUGUGUUAUAUGUUGCGGUUCUACAGGAACUGCAACAUAUACUCUUCUUUUUUUUUUCCCUCGUUUUUUUAAUCUAUUUUAUGCUGCGUCUUCAAAAAGUCCUGUGCAUAACAUUCCAAACGUUGAUGAAAAUGAUCUCCAAGUUCCCACAAGUUAUUACUAACAUUCCAAAAGACAAUGUGUUCAAUACCCCUAAAUAAUUGUCAUCGUCUUCAGAUAAUACAUUGUUAUUACUAAUAUUAGUGAUUAAUGGGAAGAAGACUAAAGGAGACUUUGGAGAGAAAUCUAGGGUUUGGACUUUGGAGAGAAAUUGAGACUUUAAAGAUUAAUGGAGACUUAGAAGAUUAUUAGGGAUGAAGACUAAGAAGAAGAAGAAGGAGGAGGAGGAGAGAGAAAGCUAAUUGGAGGAGAAGAAAUAAAAUGAAAAAAGAAAAAAAAACUUAAAAAAAAUUUAAAACAAAAAAAGGAAAUUCAAAGGUAAAAACGCUGUGGUCAUUUUGUACGGAUCCAAUAAUUGGACUAAAUAGUGGUCUAAGUUAUUAAUACCAAAUUUUCUUUUUGCUCCGCAAUUGUUUAAAAAGCCGAGUUCAAGUGGUAAUAAUCUACUAAUUAUUUAUUGAAAUAGCGUAAAACCUAUAAAGUGCAAAGUGAAAGACAAAGAUAAAAAGCACAACACAAAUAAAACCAAAAGCCAAAAAGCACAACACAAAAUUUGAAAAAAAUAAUGGGAGCAGCACAUGUAGUGAUCUUUCCUUUACCAAUUCAAGGACCCGUGAAUUGUAUGUUGAAAUUAUCCCAACUAAUCCUGUCCAAAAGUGAAGCCGCCAUAUCUAUCACUUUUCUGACCACUGAUUUCAUCCAUGGCCGCCUUUCCAACCACUCCAAAGCGGUGCCUCAUUUUGCAGAGAUGGAGCCUAAUAAUUUCCGAUUUGAAACAGUGUCUGAUGGGCUUGGACCCGAUGACAACCCCCGUGGAGCAUACCAACUUGCUGAUAUGACCUGUUUCCUGGAGGAUCAAGCCCAAACACAAGGUUCCAAGCUGAGACAGGUGCUUUGUUAUGGAUCCUCUGAAUUUGAGUUCAAAAAAAGGGUAAGUUGUAUAAUUGCAGAUGGGUUUUUUGGGUUCAUGGUUGAUGUUGCUAAAGACUUGACUAUUCCUGUUGUUUAUUUUGAGACUAUCAGUCCAUCUGGUCUUUGGACUUAUCUUUGUGUUCCUAAUAUGAUUGCUGCUGCCGAUCUUCCUUUCCAAGGAAAUAAUUUAGAUGCUACGGUAACAAGUGUACCAGGAAUGGAAGCUUACUUAAGACGUCGAGAUCUUCCAAGUUUUUGCCGUACUUAUAAUCCCAAAACCGCAAUCAUUCAACUCGUAUUGAAGCAAGCACUUAAUUUCCCUAGAGCUCAAGGCCACAUUCUCAACACUUUUGAUGAACUCGAAGGUGAUUACUUCCCUCACUUACGCCAUUUAUGUCCAAAUCUAUACAACAUUGGACCUCUUCACCUACAUUUGAAAUGUAGGAUGAAACACAAGAUGACAAACAACCUGUUUUCGAGUAGUCUUUGGGAAGAAGAUCGAAUGUGCUUGAAUUGGCUCGAUGAGCAACCACAAAAUUCGGUUAUCUUUGUUAGCAUAGGAAGCCUAGCAGUCAUAACAAGGGAACAAUUGAUGGAGAUUUGGUUUGGUUUGGUAAAUAGUAAGGUACGAUUUCUUUGGGUUCAAAGGCCUAACUCGAUAAUGAAUGACUCUAAUGGUGUAACGGAGGGCCAAGAUUUGGUUGUUCCAAACGAAGUUAUAGAGGGUACAAAGGAAAGAGGGUGUAUAGUUAGUUGGGCUCCCCAAGAAGAGGUGUUAUCGCAUAAAGCAAUUGGUGGGUUUCUGACUCAUAGUGGAUGGAACUCGACUCUGGAGAGUAUUGUUGAAGGUGUUCCUAUGAUAUGUUGGCCAUUUUUUGUGGAUCAACAAGUGAAUAGUAGGCUUGUAAAUGAGGUUUGGAAAAUUGGGCUUGACAUGAAAGAUAAAUGUGAUAGAGUUGUGAUUGAGAAGAUGAUCAAAGAGCUUAUGGAAAAUCAAAGAGACAUGUUCUUGUUGAAGGCUAAUGAAUGGGCUGAGUUAGCCACUAAAGCUGUUAGUGAAGAUGGAUCUUCCUAUAAUAGCUUGAAUAGAUUAAUUGAGGAUAUUAGGUUCAUCAGAUUUUCAAUACCAUUAUGAUGAUUUACUUCACCUAUUUUGGUUCACUUAAUACCUUUUACCAAGUUUAUCUAUUUGGCUUUUAUAAAAUGUCGUUGAUUUAAUAAAUAUUGGUUCAAAUCAUCGUUGUUUCUAUUUUUCAUAAUUUCUAUUUCAAUUUUUGUUUAUUUUUCCUAAUGUGAUUUUCCCUUUUGAUAACAUAUUACACAAUAUACUAUCUUUGUUUGUUCA